CUUCAUCCGUCGUGCAGUUUGAACGGUUUUCCUUUUCUAGGAACGCCAUGGGCAAUAGGAAAAUGCUGCGCCACUGCUGCGACUGCUGCGGGGUUUGCCGCGACAUUCCAAACUUUGACCUGUACGCUACUACUACUAAGUAAACACACAACUUGCUUGUUGCCGGCCACAUGCUCUGGACUCUGCAUCAGUGCCUUGAAGGACUUUACACAAUUAAUACAAAAUCACUCGGUUAUUGUUGUCUUGAACUGCGGCACUGAAGACUAAUUUCCAGUGUGUUCCGAACUUCCAACUCCCGAGUCACCAGAUUUCAGACUUCAGCUUUCCGGAUUCUGAGAUGAUACGAAAGUCCACUAUUAAAGUAUGUAUUACAAUUUAUGUUGCAGCACCUUUGUCGCGGUCGUCGCGGUCACAAUGUCGCAGCACACCCCAAAUAUGGAAAGAGGGGUUCCCGCGACGACCGCGACAAAUCAGUGCAUAACCAGUCAGUCAAAUCUCGUGAUCUGCCCAGGCUCAGCGAUGCACAUGCCAAUCGAUUCGAGACUGUACAGCUCAGUUUAUACACCCAAUCCAACACACUUGCCACCCACCUGUUCCCAGCAGCCCAGUCGGUCAUUGGUACUGAUGGGCAAGAAGUUCUGGCCACCGCCACCAAGCUGGAUGCUCCUCAAAACACGAACAUGGUCCCUCUCAGAGUAGCCGCAUCGGCUGCUGCUGUCCUGCAACCGCAAACCUGA